AUGGCUGAUCCUGGAUCUAAGAGCACCCACAGUGCAGCCAAACGCCUGAGCUUCAGCGGCGACCUGCUUCCAAUUCUGGAUGGCGCCUGGCUUCAGGGGGAACUUGCAGAGGGUGCUGUGACCAUGUACCAGCCACUUCUGUCCCUCACAAUGCUGAAAUGGACACAAGGGCAAGGUUCAACCCCUAUUCAGCCAGUGUCUGAAACUUCAAAAAAAAUCAGGAACAAUUUCGAGAAUUCCUGGACUGUUCUAUCAACUUUCUCCUUCACUCCAUUCGCUAACCAUCAUGGACGGACCCUGGUCUGUGAACUUAGAGGGCCUGGCGGAGUGGUGGCCGCUCGACAAUCUCUUAAACUGGAUGUAAAAUAUGAACCCAUCACAGUAUUGGGCCUGAAUUGCACCAGGACCAAGAAAGAGCUUUUUUGUAUCUGCAUCGUCAGAGCCAAUCCUCCAGUCACCGUCUCAUGGAACAUCAGUGGGAAAAACAUCACGGGGAACACUUCAGAUGUUACUGUCUAUUCCUGGGCAGAGAGUAAUGGUCUGUUUCAGAGCUCGCUAACACUGACUCACCCUCAUGGACCUGAGGAGCUGAUUGUAUGCAGGGCAGAGAACGAGAAUGGUGUUAGUGUCAGUAAAUACCAGCUCAAUUCAACAGAUGAACCCAGAAUGAUAUUUGGUCCAAACUGCACCAGUUCCAAGAAUGAAACUUCUUGUAUCUGCAUCGUCAGAGCCAAUCCUCCAGUCGCCAUCACAUGGAGCAUCAGCGGUAAAAACAUCACGGGGAACAGUUCAGAUGUUACUGCCGAUUCCUCGGCAGAGAACAAUGGCCAGCUUCAGACCUCUGCAACACUAACUCACGUGAAUGGAUCUGAGGAGCUGAUUAUAUGCAGGGCAGAGAACGAGAAUGGUGUUAGUAUCAGUAAAUACCAGCUCAAUUCAACAGGUGAACUCAGAAUAAUACUUGGUCUAAAUUGCACCAGUUCCAAGAAUGAGACUUCUUGUAUCUGCAUCAUCAGAGCCAAUCCUCCGGGAACCAUCACGUGGAACAUCGGUGGGAAAGACAUCACGGGCAACACUUCAGAAGUUACCAUCUAUUCCUGGACAGAGAAUAAUGGCCAGCUUCAGAGCUCUCUGAUGCUCACUCACCUUAAUGGAUCUGAGGAGCUGAUUAUAUGCAGGGCAGAGAACGAGAAUGGUGUUCGUGUCAAUAAGUACCAGCUCAAUUCAACAGGAACGCUUCCCUGGAGAUUGCUCAUCCUCUUCGGAAAAGCUGUGACUUUCAUUGUUCUGGUCAUGAUUGUGGUGAAGGUCCAAAGGAAGAAGAUAAAGUGGCACCACUGUUGUUUCCACAACUGCUCCAGUGCAGUAGGCACUGAACACUGAGAGCCAUGUUUGGAUGGUCAUGUGUUCUGUAUCAAAGUCACCUCAAAAUGGAUGCGUUCACUCUUCAAAGGUCAUCAUCUGAAACAUUUGCAAACCUGAAAUUCAACCUGAUGGAGGAGUCCAGUGAAUUCCCUGCAAUUGGACACCAACAGUAUCAAGAUGGAUCUUCCACUUGCAGACUAAUGGAGAUCAACAAGACCAGAGCAAAACAUGAAACUUGAAUAGCGUACAGCUGGG